AUGGGCGACGAUGAAUUUUUCGGGUCCUCCUCCUCCUCAUCGUCAUCGUCAUCAUCAUCAUCCACUUACGGACGCCAAUAUAGUCAGAGACCCGGACAUGGAUACGGGCCAGGACAAGGAUAUGGACAAGGAUAUGGACAAGGACAAGGAUAUGGACAAGGACAAGGACAGACGCAGCUCGCGCGAAACCCGCUCACGCUCGACGAACUUGUGUCGUUUAGCAAGCAGCUGUUGAAUAUUGCGGUGGUUAUGUAUUGGCGCGCGGAUGAUUUUGCGGGGGCUGCGGCUGCUUCUUCUUCUUCUUCUUCUGCUUCUGGUUCUUCGUCUGCGUCUGGGUCUAGUGGGAGUAGAGGGGGGAGUGGAGGAGGGAGUGGGAAUGCGAACGCGUUCGUCUCGCCGUUCGUGUCUACGUGGUCCUCACCCUCACCAUCUCCCUCAAAUCCAAAUUCCAUGCAAUCAACACAACCCACACAAUCGACGCACCAAAUCUCAAUCCCACCACCACCCCCAAGCGGCUGCGCAUGCACCUGGACAACGGUCCGCGACAAAGUGACGCGCUGCUUACUCGCGAUACACGCGCGCGACUCGAGGAGGCGGUUCGUGCCUGAGGGGCAUUGGCUUGUGCAGGGGAUUAUGGAGGGCUAUGGGAGUGUGGGGGCUUUUGUGGAGGCUGCUGUAUUGGAAGAACAGAAUGUGCUUGAUGCAGCGGAGGGAUCGGCGGUGUCUUCGUCGCAUCCUAUGCAUCCACAUGCACACUCACACACGCGACUCGGUCUCCCAUCCUCCUCACGGUCUCCCUUCCCUUUCACCUCCUCCUUCUCCUCCUCAUCCUCCCCAUCGUCCUCCGCACUGUCCACGUCGACAUCGACAUCCCACAUGAAACGCCAACAACGCCACCUCGCGAACCUCUCCCCGCGUCUGGGUGUGCUGAACAACGUGCCGUUCGCGGUGCCGUUUGAAGUGCGCGUUGCGAUUUUUAGGGGGUUUGUGAUGCAUGAUGUUGUGAGGAGGCGCGAGGGGGGGAGUGGGGCUGGGUUUGGUGCGCAGCGGUACGGAAAUUUUGGAUAUCAGACGCGACCGCGUGUACAGGUGCGCAGGGGUAUGGUUGCGCAGGAUGGGUUUGAUAGGCUUGGAGAGGUCGAUUUGAAGGCGCCGGUUGAGAUUGCGUUUAUUGAUCAGUUCGGGCAGGAGGAAGCGGGCAUCGAUGGUGGAGGCGUGUUCAAAGAGUUUUUCACGUCGUUGUGUCAGGAAGUAUUCGAUACGGACCGUGGACUGUGGCUUGCGAAUAAGAAGAAUGAGCUGUAUCCUAAUCCGCAUGCGUAUGCUACUGAACCGCACAGUUUGAACUGGUACAGGUUCAUUGGCCGGAUAUUGGGCAAGGCGAUGUAUGAGGGUAUAUUGGUAGACGUGGCUUUUGCUGGAUUUUUCUUGGCCAAGUGGUUAGGCAGACAAAGCUUCCUGGAUGAUCUCGCGUCGCUUGAUCCGGAGUUGUAUAAUGGGCUUAUCUUUCUUAAGCAUUAUACUGGAGAUCCAGAGGAGCUUGCGUUGAAUUUUACGGUUGCUAUUGAUGAAUUCGGCGUCACGAAAUCGAUCGACCUCAUCCCGAACGGGAGCAAUGUGCCUGUGACGCGCGAGAAUAGGCUGUUGUAUAUCUACCUCGUGUCGCAUUUCAGACUGAAUAAGCAGAUAAGGCUGCAGAGCGAGGCGUUCUUUGAAGGGUUGAUGGAGAUUGUUGAGGCGAGGUGGUUGAGGAUGUUUAACCAGCAGGAAGUCCAGAUUUUGAUUGGGGGUGUUAAUUCGCCUAUUGAUCUUGUGGAUCUGCGCCGGCACACGAACUAUGGUGGGUUAUAUGACGAUGAUCAUCCGACUAUCGUCGCAUUUUGGAAUGUUGUGAAUUCGCUGGAUCAGGAGCAGAGAAGGGCGUUGUUGCGGUUCGUGACAAGUUGUAGUCGGCCGCCGUUGCUCGGGUUCAAAGAGCUCAAUCCAAACUUUUGCAUUCGCGACUCGGGAUCGGACCAACACCGUCUGCCAACAUCAAGUACAUGUGUGAAUUUGCUCAAGCUCCCGAGGUAUGACAGCGAGCGCACGUUGAGGGAGAAAUUGCUCCAGGCGAUUAAUUCGGGUGCUGGAUUUGAUUUGUCGUGA